AUUGUAAUACUUUGAUGUUUGCUAUUUGCUAUUUUGAUUUUAAAUCGAUAUUGACAUUUACACCGGUUGAUACAACCAAUGCAGGCUACUUGAAUUGUAUAAUGAUACAUUUCAUUUUUUACCUCUCUUCUUAAUAUAUUUUGUAAUCUGAAAAAUAGUCUUACAGGUUAGGUUAAAUGAAUGAUAAAAUUAUUCUUAUUUUGGGGUAAACCAUCCCUUUAACAAAGUAAGUCCCACAUUGAAAACAGUCGCGUCAGUCUUAUUCAUUACUUAAACUCAUUGUCCUUGAGUUGAGUCUACCACCCUCCAGGCUUUCUAUAAAGAAUAGAGGAGCCAUAGCAACAGCCACUUACUGUGUAUAACAGCAGGUCCCAAACAAGCCACUGUACUGCAAGAAUGCAUCAAAAUAACUAGCUUCUAAACAAAUCAGGAUUUUAAUUCAUGGGAGGAAGAAGGUCCAUGCAUGAGUAAAUAAAAAAUGACCGCUCCUGAGAACUCAAACAGUAAACAAGAGAGACCAACUCUAAGAUUCCCAUAUAAUCCUCACCGUCCAACUAAUGUGAUUAUUCUCAAAAAUGGUCAAAGAGGCACAAAACAUCCACGACCCGUUCCAAUACGGGGAGAACUUCCUUCUUUGGCAGGUUUACUGCUCUACCCAGGAAAGAGAGAAAAGAUGGUAACCACAACAGAGACCGCAUUUGGACCCAAAACCUGCCCAAAGGUAGAGAAGAAGAUUCUGCAGUGCAGCCUCACACUAGAUGGGGACCAAAGUUUCAUUACAACAAACAGAGAGGAUUACCCAUCUUACACACCAGAUGGGACACCAAUCGCAUGGCAAACUAAAGCCCCUGUGAGACCGGAGAAGACUGUCCAAGAACAAAGAUAUUCUCUUUACCAGCAGGAUUUUUCAGCACCUAAAAGAAUCUAUGUCAGGAGAAAUCAGGUCGUUCCUCAUCCAGACAAUCUAGCCUUCAACACUUCAUUGAGAGCAGAAUACAGAACAGUGCAAAGAGAGGCCUUCCCUGGGUGGGACGUCUCUGUGCAUGCUCCUCCAGCCCCUGUCCAAAUUAAAAGAACAGUGAUAACAGAACUGUGAAGCCCAUUUAAGAGUAGCCAUGUGUAUUUUUAAAUGUGCCAGAAUCACAUAAGGAAGUGUGUAAUAUUAAGGACGACAGUCAUAUAAAAAAUAUCUCUUUCUUU